GGCUCCAAAAACGGGUUGGGUUGACCCGAUCAAGGAACAACGUCUAAUGGUUAAGGCGUUGCCCUUGCAGAUGAAGAGUAAGUCCUUAGCUGAAGAAUCUCCUCCGAAAUGGCGACGGCCGGGGAACCACCAGAGGAGAAGCCGAAACAGGAUUUUCCGUCACCGAGCGGUCCCCCUCUAAGUAUCGAUCCGAAAUUCCUAGACACUGCUGUUCCAUGGAUCGAUUACGCAGUGAAACAAGCUCUGCAGUACCAGAAGAUUGUGGAAGAGACCAUGGAUUCCACCAUUGAAGCUUCUAGAUCACGCCUGUCUCAAAUUCGCGAGACUUCCUCAGCUCACUUUCACCAAACCAUCGAUUCACUUAAUGAUGCUAUGUCCGAGUUUGCUGAUUAUGAGGACAUGUUCUUUGGGAAGGUUAAAGAGGGUGUAAAUGUUGCAGCUUUGCAUCCUUUGAUUACAGGCACUGUUGCUUUUGGAUUGGGAUGUGUGGUGCUGAAAAGGCCUAGGCGUUUCUUAUAUUACAACACCUUAAGACUUUUUGUGAGUGAAGAGUCAUUGCUUUCCAGAGCUGAUCUUAAAGUAAAGGAGUUGCGACAAUCUAUUGACCGCUUAAAGGCUGAUGGUGAGAAGUUGGAGAGGAGUGCAUCAGUGGCAGAAGAAGAGCUGAUUCGAGGAAAGACAAAACUCAGACAAGCAGGUAAACAGAUCCAAGGUGCAAUCCGCUCAGCUUAUAAGCUUGAGAGGCAAGCAGCAGGCCUAAAAGAUAUUCUUGGAGAACUUCCUAGAAGAGAAGCAUCUCGAUUUAAAUCACAGGUCUCCAACCUUGCUUCAGAAGUAAAAAAGGAACGGAAUGCAUUGACAAAGGAGGUUUCAAAAAUCAGUAAUUAUGGAAUUUCAGUUUGAGUAUUCUUUUCCUGCACUUCAUCAUCAGAUGUGCCGUGGAGCACAAAUGUCACAGUUUUUCUUUCUCUAAUGCGAAAGAUGUCUAAAAAAAUUCAAAACUUUUGAAGUUUAUUUCUGAAUUUGGCUGCGUGAUAAGAGUAGCAGUCGAGUUAGGUUUCCGCUAGUGACAUCCUUUUGGAACUUGACUCUUAUCAUUUGUUAAUGCAGAUUCAGAAUAUCUGCCUGACCAAAGAGGUGUAUACACAAUAAUUAAAAUUUUUUACAUAU